AUGGCGUUGCUUGAAUCUACAACCGUCAUCAGAACUGAAAGACUCUGGCUCUCCAGGCGAGAACGAAAGAUUUGGAUCAAAUCCAGCUUAUUGACCUGGAUCCCAAGGGCAGCCCUUGAGGCGCAGCCGCUAGACUAUGAAAAGCCGGGUUUGGCCCAGCACUAUUGCGUGGAAUGCGCAAAGUAUUUUGAGACAGACAACGCUCUGCAGUCACAUUGGAGAAGCAAAGUCCACAAACGAAGAUUAAAACAACUGAAGGAGCCUGCGUAUACGAUUGAGGAGUCGGAAAUGGCUGCAGGAUUGGGCAGGGAGAACAAACGACCGCUACCGUCAGCUGCGUCUUCGGUGACGCCCACAGUGGACAUGGAUAUUGCAGUGGCCGCUUAG